AUGCUCUGUGUGAAAGCGUGUUUUUGUGUCAAGCGCUGCUGCUAGGCUAGCCGGGGCCAGCUAGCAAUUUUUGCAAGUCAUGGUGGGCCAUUCAAUGAGGCAAGGCUGGAGUAUGUUAUACCGGGCAACUGUGUGGAGCUGUUAAUGAAGCCAGAUUUAGUUACUAGUUUUAGGUGGUAGUGGGCUUGUGGGGCAUGAAGACACAGUUCCAAAAUCUUCAUGCGUAUGGCAGGAUGUGGACCUUAUGAAGAACAAAGCUGUGUACCCUACUUGGACUCUCUCAAAGAAGUGGAAACACCAUUUUGGAUCUUAUAAACAUUUAAAGCUGACAGAUUCCUGCUAAAUUACUGAAGCCUAAGACCCUCUCCUUACACCAUCCUCAACUAUUUUUUUAAUUUGAUGUGUUUAUCUCAGUCCUCUGGUAUAAGAGAAGAAGCAUUGCUGGAAGGUAGUUUGCCCCGUUUUUGUUUUUUGUUUUUACUUUCACCUUUUGUUCCUUUGUAAAGAAAUGCUUUACCUGAAAAAGUACUUCACAGAGGGCCUGAUUCAGUUCACCAUCCUUUUGAGUCUCAUUGGGGUGCGGGUGGACGUUGACACCUACCUGAGCAAUCAGCUGCCCCCGCUGAGAGAGAUCAUCCUGGGCCCCAGCUCAGCCUACACCCAGACACAGUUUCACAAUCUGCGCAACACGCUGGACGGCUAUGGCAUCCAUCCAAAGAGUGUGGACCUCGAUCAUUUCUUUACCACUCGCCGGUUGCUGAACCAGGUGCGCCAGCUGGAUCGCCUGUCUGUGCCCAGUACUGAGCUUAACACCUGGCUGGUGCACCGGGACCCUGAGACUGUGGUGUCUGCCGCCAGCCAGUCCAGCCCCAGCAUCACCCUGGACAAUGGGGCCGGCCUAGAGGACGUUAACAACCCUGACGCUACCCCGGCCAUGAGGGGAGGAGGUGGAGCGCCUGAAUCCACCUACAACCUGAAUGCAGCGGACAGUAGCCUGGGAGCCGUGGCCCCAGAGGGCAACCAGGAGCAGGGCAACAGGGCUGGCAAUGAUGACCUCACCAAAGAGGACAUUGAUUUGAUUGACAUCCUGUGGCGACAGGACAUCGACCUUGGUGCAGGAAGAGAGGUGUUCAACUACAGCAACCGUCAGAAGGAGAGUGAGGAGGAGAAGCCCAGCCCACAGGAGAACAAGGAGACGACUGACACACAGGAGAGCUGGAGAAAUGGAGUAAACUUACAGGGGGCUCAGCCAGUGGAUGGGGAGACGGGCGAGAGCAUUCCUGAGCAGCUCCCAGGCCUUGGCUCACAGACUUCACUAUCUUUGCAAGAAUGCCUGAGGCUGUUGGAGGCCACCUUCCCUUUUGGAGAGGAAUCUGAGUUUCCAGCCCCAGUUGUCACCCCAGAGAUAGGGGUCUCCAAUGAAGAAGCUCCUUCUACAUCUCAGGGUCUUCCUCUGGCACCGCCACUGCCCCAGGCAGAGCCACCAUUGGACUUGGAGCAGCAGUGGCAAGACAUCAUGGCCAUAAUGGAGCUACAAGCAAUGGAGGUGAACAACACCUCACUCAACACCAACUCCAGCAGUGUCAGUGGCACAAGUGGCACAGCUGAAUCAAACACCAUGGGAAGCUUUGGACUUUCUUCUCGCUCAACACUGAUAAACCAGGAUGUCAGCCUUCACCAGGCCUCCCUCCCCAGCUGCAGCCAAGACUUCCCCCCUAUUUUCAAUCACCAGUUGGAUUCUUCUAGCAGCACCCCAAGGCCCACCAUGCUCAGACUCUCCUCCAGCAACUCCUCCAACAUGAACUCCACAUUCGGAGCCACCAACCUGACCGGACUCUUUCUCCCACCACUCAUGAACAGCUCCAACACCAACAUUACAUCCACACCUAUACUGCCUGAUCCCUUCAGCACCUUGCUGGAAGAGUCCAUGCUCGAUGAGAUCAGCUUGCUGGACCUUGCGAUGGAGGAGGGCUUCAGCCAGGCCCAGGCCUCCCAACUGGAGGAUGAGCUCGAUUCAGACUCGGGUCUCUCCCUGGACUCCAGCCACAGCCCGGCCUCCCCAAGCAGCUCCGAGACCUCAUGCUCCUCUGCCGCCUCUUCCUCCUCCACCUCUGCCACCUUCUCAGAGGAAGGAGCUGUGGGGUACAGCACUGAUUCUGAGGCAGCCACCGUGGAGACAGAGGAAGGUGCCGUCGGAGGCUACCAGCCUGGGUACAGCAAGCUCUGCCGCAUGAGCUAUCAGGACCCCUCCCAGUUCCACAGCCUCCCGCAGCUUGACAACAUCAGCCACAAUCACACUUACAAUCUGCCGCUCUCGUCUGCGUUCUCUGAGCAUCCGGAGCUCCCCAUUUCAGCUGGCAAGAAAACUGUCCGUGACAAACAGAACUCUAAGCUUCAGCCUCCUCAGGACUUGCUUGAAAAGCAGUCAAGUCGUGAUGAACGCCGAGCCCGGGCCAUGAAAAUCCCCUUCUCCAAUGAUAAGAUCAUUAACCUGCCUGUUGAAGAGUUCAACGAGCUCCUAGCCAAACACCACCUGAGCGAAGCGCAGCUAGCCCUCAUCCGUGACAUCCGCAGACGUGGCAAGAACAAGAUGGCAGCCCAGAACUGCCGCAAGCGCAAGCUGGACACCAUCUUAAACCUGGAGCAGGGCGUCCACGACCUGAGACGUGACAAGGCCCGCCUACUGAAGGAGAAGAUGGAGUUCAUUCGCUCAAUCCGGCAGAUGAAGCAGAAAAUGCAAAGUCUCUAUCAAGAGGUGUUCACUCAGCUACGGGAUGAGGAGGGCAGGCCCUACCCUCCAAGUGAGUACUCACUCCAAUACAGCGCGGAUGGCAGUGUGCUGAUCAUGCCCCGCAGCAUGACGACUGCUGAGCAGAAUCGAAAGCCUGAGAAGAAACAAAAAGACAAAAAGAAGUGAGGGGGCAAACUGCUGUUAAUUCUUUCACCUUGCUAAAUCAAUAAGAAAGAUUUCUGCAGAUGCAAGAGAGAUGUCCUUUUUUUCCUUUGAGAAGAUACUGGUGAGAAGAAAAACGGCAUUGUUGACUACUCUUCCUGCAUUAGGUUUUUUCCCUUUUCAUUUUGUUCCUGCGUUUUUUUCCUGGAAACAACUUUGAAGCAGAAGUAGCUCUUCAUUUGAGUACUGAUAUUUCAUUAUUUUGACGGGGAAAAAGGAAUAAACAAGGAAAAGAAGGGUAUGAAAGGACUUAAUAUGAGCUGUUAGGAAAAAAAAAUGACCUGCUCUAGAUCCUUUUGCACCAAACCACUGAGGAAGGAGAUUUGUCGUUAUGUCAAAUUAAAUGAAGGAACUAGUAUCAAGAGAAGUGGGAGUUAAAAAAAAAAAAAAAAAGAAAAAAGAAGGAACUGGCAACAAGGAUGGUUGGAAUACCUAUGCAUUGGAGGUAAAGUUUUAAGACUGUCACAUCACAUCCCACCCUGGAGACUUUUAGUGAUUUUUAUAGUCACCGAGGCUUGUAAGUUCCAAAAUGUUCAGGCAGAGAAUGGCGUCUAAUGGUUUUGUGAGUUAAGAUACCAAAGGCUAAAGGAAGUCCCAUCUUUAGAAUGCCAUUAACACCUAUACUAACCAAAGGUUGUAUGGUGCACUUCACUCGAUCCCUAGACAGUAACCUAAAUGCCCCAACACGUACUCAAAAGCAAUGGGUUUGUACUGCAAAUUCCAGUUUUUGGCUCCAAUUUGUCAGUGACCUCCAGAUUUAGAGGGCCCUAAAGAGAUUGGGUUUGACAUGUAGAAACUAGGAUGCUGGAACAAGGAAGAGGGAGAGGCUGAGCUGAGAGUGUGUUCCUGGGCUGGCCACUGCUAAGAGGCAUGAGGUGGUGUGGUUCUGCAGGAGGAGCAGAUGGACGUUUUAGGGAGGAGGCACACUGCAUUGGAAAAUGUAUCCGCUUCCUUACACUUAUACAUAGCACUGUAAUUUGUCCUUCAAAGGCUUGGCUAUAUGCAUUUUGCUGUGUCUCUCUUGCUAUUCCUUCGCUGCAGGUUUUAAUAUGGGAGCUGCAAUUGGGAAGGCUCUUACAAAAUGUUCAUAAUCUGUAGUAUAAGCAAGGUUAGGUCUAGCUACAUCGGCUUUAUGUAAAAGUCUACAACCCCUUUGUUGAUUUGAACACUUUGUGCCGAACCUGUAAUCACGUUUUCUGAAUGCGGCCGGUCAGAGGAAUCCAACAUACUGACAGCGAUGGGCUAGCACCUCCAGAGUGUACUGUAUGAUUACCACCGACUCCAGACUGUCACAGUCCAGAGCUAUGGAUUAUCUGUUUUUCUCUUGGAUGCAGAGUUUUAAGCAUUAACUUAAAACCGGCUCAGUUGUGGCAGUGGUGAUAGCCCAUCUGAACAGGCUAACUUGUUUGCCAAUGUUGUCAUCCUAUCGAUAGCCAGUUGAGGCAACUGAAGAAAUAUUAAUUUUUUUAACUGCUGUAAAGCCGAGCUGUUGGCUGAAAUAUUUUAAGUCCUAAGUUUUGUGUUGAUAACAAAGUGAGCCAAGUAAUUAAAUGAGUAAUUUGAAUGAGUGAACUGACAAACAGCAGAAUGUGUGUAGUGGACACUUUGUUUUGAAUGCCUUUAUUACACAAUCUCAUAUCUUCACUUAAAAGGUUUUGAGAACCAGAGAAAAUUGUUCUCAAAGUAGAAGUGCUAUUACUUGUCUUUUUGAAUGAAGUCUGUCUGUACAUGUAUGUCACCCCAUUGAAAAAAAAUAAAAUUAGGUCAAUUGUUGCAGCUCAAAUAACUGUUAGGCUAGAAAUAAAUAUUUACAAGAAAGAGGCUGAAAAGAAUCUGCAACAUUAUGAGUGUCCAAAAAAAAUUACAUUUUCAAAUGAGGUACUGUUUCAUGUCCUUUUAAUUUGACAUGGUAUUCAGGCAUGAAUCACCACUCGGUUAACUUUCAUUUCAGUGCAACACCAACUAUUGAGUUAAUACCAGGUACCACUACUUAGUGCACUGUUUUUGUCUGUCUUGUUUGUUAUGUAAAUAUUUUCAUGUUUGUGUUGGUCACUAUUUUUCUGUAGUCUGUCAAAUGUCUCCAUAACCUUCUGACCCUAUGCUUUAAGUUUGGAUGUAGUUUUCUUUGUUUUACUUUGAAAUAUUUUGCUGGCAAUCUGGAAUUGUUUUUAUUGAUUAAUAAAGUGUUUUUAUUUUCACCUGUGA